AUGUGGCAUCUCUGCAAGAAAAGCCCACUCAAAAAAGAUCUUGAAAUGAAGCAACAUUUCAGCGGACCUCCUAAUGGGUCGGCGCUCAAUCACACCCCCUUGGAGCCCUUGGUUUUCUUCCUGUCUGGAAUACCUGGCCUGGAACACGUCCACCACUGGAUCUCCAUCCCUUUCUGCUCUAUGUUUGUCAUCUCCCUUCUGGGGAACUGCACCCUUCUCUACGUGAUCAAGGCGAACAUGAGUCUCCAUCAGCCCAUGUUCUUCUUCCUCUCCAUGCUGUCCUCCACUGAUCUGGUGUUGUCCCUCACCACCAUGCCUAAAACCCUGGGCAUCUUCUGGUUCAACGCUGGGGAGAUUGGGUUGGUUGGCUGCCUGGUACAGAUGUUUUUCCUCCACUCAUUCUCCAUCAUGGAGUCUGCAGUGCUCUUGACCAUGUCCUUUGACCGCUAUGUGGCAAUUUGCCACCCUCUGAGUAGCAUCCUGACCCAUUCGCUGGUGGCCAAAGCUGGGCUGGUGGCCUUGAUGAGAGGAGUUGCCCUGAUGCUGCCCUUGCCCUUCCUGCUCCAGAGACUGUCCUAUUGCCACUCAUUCACUGUUGCCCACUGCUACUGUGAGCACAUGGCAGUGGUGAGGCUGGCCUGUUCCAACACCCAGUUCAACAAUAUCUACGGGAUCUUUGUUGCUCUCCUGAUUGUGGGCCUUGACUUGGGCUUGAUUGCGCUGUCCUAUGUCAAGAUUCUCGGAACUGUCUUGAGCCUGGCUACGAAGGAGGAACAGCACAAAGCCUUUGGCACCUGCCUCUCUCAUGUGAGCGCCAUCUUGGUUGUCUACACUCCUGUGGUUCUCUCAUCAGCCAUACACAGGUUUGGCCACCAUGUUCCUGCCUAUAUACACAUUCUCUUGGCCAACGUCUACCUGCUUUUCCCACCAAUGAUGAACCCCAUUAUUUAUGGGGUGCAAACAAAGCAGAUUCGAGAGAGAGUUCUCCACCUCUUUCACCAGCAACUCUUACGAAAGGCAACCUUGUAA